AUGAGUACUCCUCCUCGUGUCUACACCCCCGGUAAUAGAGUUGAGGUGAUGGGUUACGAGCCAGGUUUCAUCGGUUCAUAUUACGAGGCCACCAUUCUCACUGUCCUCGACGAUGGCCGCUAUGAGGUUAUAUACAAGAACCUCGUAGAGGAUGAGGAAACUAAGAUUCCUCUGAAGGAGUAUCUAAGGCCGCAGGACCUCCGCCCGAGACCACCUCCUGUCCGCGAAGCAAUCGAGUUCAAGCUGACCCAACAUGUGGACGUGUUCAUCAAUGAAGGGUGGUGGAUUGGGGCGGUCGCCGCAAAAGACAUGGACAGGUCCGUCUACCUGGUGUACUUCGAAUCCACCGGCAAGGCUGCUGAGUACGACUCUUCCCUCGUUAGGGUUCAUCAGGAACUUAUUAAUGGGUUGUGGUACCGAAGUGAUCCGUAG